UUUGGAAGAUGAGGGGGUUGACACAACCGUCAUCCAUGGCUCUGUAAUGACUACAUUUUUAACAAAUCUGGUUGUAAACUUCUAUGGCAAGGACCUGUAGUCGAAGACCCAGCGUGGCUCCCUCUCCAUGGUGAGGGCCCGGGUGAGCCACAGCUGCCAGCACCCCGUCAGCAUGCAGGCCCCCGGCGGCCAACCCGGUACCCAACCAUGCACACUACCGGCCCAUCAACCCCUGCAGCAACACAAGAAAGGACCAGAGGACUUCAAGUUUGGCAGAAUCCUCGGGGAAGGGUCGUUCUCCACCGUUGUUUUAGCAAGAGAACUGUCUACAGGAAAGGAAUAUGCAAUCAAGAUUCUGGAAAAGAUGCACAUUAGAAGGGAGCAAAAAAUGCACUAUGUGAAAAGGGAGAGGGAUAUCUUGUCAAGUUUAGACCAUCCCUUUUUUGUAAAACUCUACUUCACAUUUCAAGAUGUUGAAAAAUUAUAUUUUGGGCUUAGUUAUGCAAAGAAUGGUGAACUGCUUCGAUACAUUCGCAAAAUAGGCUCCUUUGAUGAAGCUUGCACAAGGUUCUACUCUGCAGAAAUAGUCUGCGCUCUUGAAUAUCUGCAUUCAGUAGGAGUUAUUCACAGGGACCUUAAACCGGAAAAUAUUUUACUGAAUGAAGAGAUGCACAUUCAGAUUACUGAUUUUGGAACAGCAAAACAGUUUUCUUCUGAAAGUACUCAAACAAGGGCAAACUCCUUUGUGGGUACUGCGCAAUAUGUUUCUCCAGAGCUGCUAACCAGAAAGUCCGCCUGUAAGAGUUCGGACCUCUGGGCAUUAGGCUGUAUAGUUUACCAGCUGGUGGCAGGGCUGGCACCUUUCAGAGCAGUGAACGAGUACUUGACAUUCCAGAAGAUAAUUAAACUGGAGUAUGAGUUCCCAGAGAAAUUCUUUUCUAAAGCGAAGGAUCUGGUUGAGAAGCUAUUAAAUUUAGACCCAGCCCAAAGGCUGGGCUGUGAAGAGGUGGGAGGCUACAAUCUGCUGAGAGCUCACAUGUUCUUUGAGGGCAUCUCCUGGGAGGACCUUCACCUCCAGACUCCCCCAAAGCUCACUCCCUACCUGCCAGCCAUGGCUGAGGAUGAUGAGGAGUACUAUGGCAAUUAUGAUAACCUCCUGAGUCAGUUCGGGAACAUGGAGGUGGUGCAUUCCACACCCCUGCCGGUCCUCACCGUGCCAGCUGCCUUGUUCCCCCGGAGGUCCAGCAGCAACAUUGAGCAGUACAUCCAUGACCUAGACUCCAACUCCUUCGAGCUGGACCUGCAGUUCUCCAGUGAGGAGAAACAGCUGCUACUGCAGAAGCAGACCACUGGGAACCCAUGGCACCAGUUUGUUGAAAAUAAUUUAAUACUUAAAAUGGGUCCAGUUGACAAAAGGAAGGGGCUGUUUGCUCGCCGGCGGCAGCUGCUGCUGACGGAGGGACCACAUCUCUACUAUGUAGAUCCUGUGAACAAAGUCCUUAAGGGAGAGAUCCCGUGGUCUCCAGAGCUGCGACCAGAAGCCAAGAACUUCAAGACUUUCUUUGUCCACACGCCAAACAGGACCUAUUAUUUAAUGGAUCCCAGUGGCAAUGCUGACAAAUGGUGUAGGAAGAUCCAAGAGGUAUGGGGGAAGAUUUACCAUAACCAUCAGACCGAGGGAGUGUAAGAAGCUGCAGGGAGUGUCCUUCUCCAUCAAGACAUAUCUUUUAUGAACUGAUCUUAAAUCUCUUGAAAGACUUUGGCUGUUCCCUGAAAUAUUACAUUACAAGGAUCACAUUUCAAUAUUAAGUUCAAAUUUAUGUACACUCUUUUGUAUAAGUGUGUUCACUUUGCUUAUACUCGCUAGCACCUUGCUCUAUAGGUGAAGAUUCUUCUAGUGUUGGGCUGCCGAUUAUCGAGACUAUGGGUUAUUGCACUGUGUGUCUGUCUGUGUGUGUGUUUGUGUGUGUGUGCGCAUGUAUGUAUUUAAAAAAAAUAUAUAGUCAGAAUUCCCUGUUUACUCUUUUAGUACAGAGUACUCUACCAGUGAUAGUGAGGCUGUGGUAAAUUGGAAUGUCUGUAACCACUGUGUCUUAUAGAUGGUUCUUCUAUGAGACAUGCCAGUUAUCUUUUCAUUUUGUUGCAAGAAAAACAACUACAGUUUUUGCAGUUUUGCAGUUCAUCAUAGACCUAGAUUCUGUAGACUUUGAUGCUGUAUGUUGUAUUUGAACCGGCCACAAACUAAAAAAUAACGAUCAAAUGAAAGCUUAAGUAAGUAUACGAUGAUGAGAUAGAGUGCUGUUGCUUUUGCAAUA